CUGUGAUGCUGCAGCUCCUGUAGUCUCCUCUCUCAGUCUCCAGUAAACAGCAGUCAUGGCGACAGUGGUCCAACCGCUCACACUGGAUCGAGAUGUUGCCAGGGCCAUUGAGCUGCUGGAGAAGCUGCAGGAGUCGGGCGAUGUUCCCGGUCACAAGCUCCAGUCUCUGAAGAAGGUCCUUCAGAGUGAGUUCUGCACCGCCAUCAGAGAGGUUUACCAGUACAUGCAUGAAACAAUAACAGUCAAUGGCUGUCCAGAAUACCAGGCGAGGGCCACAGCUAAGGCCACAGUCGCGGCCUUCGCAGCCAGCGAAGGUCACUCCCACCCGCGGGUGGUGGAGCUGCCGAAGACGGAGGAAGGGCUCGGCUUCAACGUGAUGGGCGGUAAAGAGCAGAAUUCCCCCAUAUAUAUUUCCCGCAUCAUUCCCGGGGGCGUUGCAGAGAGGCACGGCGGCCUGAAACGAGGGGACCAGCUCUUGUCUGUCAACGGUGUGAGCGUAGAGGGGGAGCACCACGAGAAAGCGGUGGAGCUGCUGAAGGCGGCCAAGGACAGCGUGAAGCUGGUGGUCCGCUACACCCCCAAAGUGCUGGAGGAGAUGGAGGCGCGCUUCGAGAAGCUGCGCACGGCCCGGCGGCGUCAGCAGCAGCAGCUCCUCAUGCAGCAACAGCAACAGCAAAACAUGUCCUCUCAGCAGAACCACAUGUCGUAGGUUUUUCCAAAAGAAGAAGUGACGGAGGGCGGAACAGGCGGAUCCCAAAGACCGUCCGCUUUUGGCGUCGAGUUGAAGAUCCCAAAGGAAUCCCUCCCAUCGCGGAGGAAACCAACAAGCAGAAGACUCUUUUACUCACUCCCUUCCAGUGUACCACGGCUUACUGAGCAAAAACGACGAGAGCGUUUGUCCUGAAAUCGGUGCUUCGAUAAAACAAGUGUGAGGGAGGCCAACAGCGGCAGUCGUUCCAGUUUGACUUUGUAUUCUCUUUUCUAAGUUCUCCUCUCCAGUGGUCCUCUCUUCUACGGAGGCGCCCUUUCUUUCCUCGUGGUCGUUGUCCCGUUUAUCCAUCUCGAUUGCUUACAUCCGUCACGCAGUGGAACCUUUGCCAUUUUCCGCCAUCAUUUGUACAGUGGUGUUUCUUAUCGAUUCUUCAACUGGUGCUUGUGUCUCUGUACGAAUGACCAUUGAUUUCUUUCUCUUUUGACGUGUGCGCGCGUGUCAGACUUGUCCCGUUUUUGGAUAAACUCUUUUUUACCUUCUAUAUUGUAGCAAGAAAAAAAAAAAAGUUUUUGUAUCUUGUAGGUUUAGCAAUAACACACACAAACACACACACUCUUCGGUUUUUACAUCGUGCCACUGAAAUUCACAAACGCGGGAGUUUAUGUGCGAAUAUAAGCCGCUGUAGAGUAAAAACCUGGGUCUUAUGCACUGCGAGGCAGCUUCUGACUCCAAAUCUCUGUGCCAUUUGAAGAGAUUAUCGAUUUACAGGCGGCAUCAACAAUUAACGUGCAAUAACGGCGAUCAAUAAAAGACUUUAUAAGCUACUCCCAAGUGAAAUUUACCUAGAUGGUAUAUAUAGAUAUAGAUAUACAGUGUAUCUUACACAGAUCAAUCCUCUCUGAAAUGUUAACUGCGUCCUGUUUUCCGACAGAUUAACAGAAUGUCGUCAGUUUCCAUUUGAGUAGAACUGAAUGGAUUUAUUUUCCCGGCUAUUUUAUAGUUUACGAGAUGAGAGAUUUAACAUAAAGUUCUAUCGUUCCUUUUAAAUAUUAUGUAGAAGAUUACUGUUAAAUUGAAAAAAAAUAUAUUAUUAUUAUUAUUAUUAUACAACAGAUGGUGAUUCUAGCUCGUGUGGAAACGUCUCCUUCAUUUUGACAAUCAUUGUGAGAGACUGCGUGGAAUGUUUGGCCUUCCUUUCCCUUCCGUAUCUGUAAGAAAAAUCUGUCUUCAUCCGAGUACCUGAACUAUCUGAGUUAAAGUGGUAAUCUGCCAGUCUGUGUUUGCUUUUUUUUCCCUCCAUCUUUGGUGCUAAGCACUCCUUCUUCUUCUUCUUGUUUUCUGCUCCUCACCUCAUUGAUUGUGUUUCAUGUUGACUGUUUGUUUUCCAUUUUCUGACUUUUGCAGGCUUUACCUCGUCUUCACUGCUUUUCUUUUUGGAUUUCUCCCAAACUAGUUAAAAAUCCGAAUGCCAGAAGGUGUUUUACCCUCUCAAGUACACACUAUGUGUUAACAACUGAUUAUUUUUUUCUUUAAAAUCGACACAUAUUUAUUUAAUUUGCAACCUUAUCUGGUAUCACAAUACAUCUAACAGCAGAGCUAAAGCCUCCUCUAUCCAGAUUAUGCGCCCAAAUAACCCGUUAGCAGUGAGGUCUUAUUUGUCAGAUUUGAAAUGACAUCCACUCACACACAUCUCGCUACCCCCCUUUUUCUAUCUUUAAAUCACAGGUACUCUUUCUUAAUUGACUUGCAUUUUUUGAAGCUGAUGGUCCCGUACUUACAGUAAAGGUUUAAAAAGAGAAAAAAAAAAGACAAGAAACUGUUGAUAUGCAAUUGUUAUACAUACUAUAUUUGUAUAAAUAAAUCUAUGUGCUUGUGUACAGUGAA